AUGGUACCGUACCUGUCUGUGGCUAGCCUGCGCUCGCGUUGCUUUUGCGCCUUCAGCCUGCUCCCAUACGUCACUGGGCCGUGGAUACCCAGGCGCCGUCGACCUCCGUCCCCUUUCAGCCCACUCCCAGCGUCGCCUUUCGACCGUCCAGGAUUCCUGUGGAGAGACCCGACAGCCAGUCGUCUGCCCUCCCGCCCAGCGGCAUGCGGCUGCUUGCCCCAGAACGGAAAUAUUAGACUUGGAUUAUUCCCAACCUGCGUGCGCCAGAGCCUGGACGAGCUCCCGGAUAGGAUGCUGCUGCGGCGUCCGGAGACCUGCAACUGCGCGCUGCGAAGUCUUGCAGAAGCCUCGCAGCUCGAACGCGCUCUGGCGCGCUGCACCCGCUCCCACACGCUUUCUCCUCACCUCAUUAAUAAUAAUCAGAAUCAUAAUAAUACCGAGACGAGAAAGAGAGUCUGCUACAGUACUCCGUACGGACUACGGAGCACGAACCCGGAGCCGCCGGCGUUAAGAGCAGCCCGGAACCUUGGAACGAGGCUGAUCGGAACCCCAUCUCCCCGCCUAACUGUCGAAGCCUCUAGCAAGAAUAACGCCCUCGCGCCCCAGGCUCUGACCCGCGUUAUGUCCGCGACGGGCCUUGACACCUGGAUCCAUGCCGUGCGCGUUUCGUGUUUUCCUCGGUUCUUACUGCAGUACAAAUGUGAACAAUGUCGUGUGGACGGUAAACUUUCCGACUCAUCAUCAAAAUUUGUUUGCGUACUCAAUUUCCAACUGGUACAGUAUGGCUCAUGCUUGCUGCCGGAAAUGUGCAAAAUUGGCAGUCAAAUGGAACAUUCCUUUCUAUCCUACCACAGGUCUUUGAACCAGCAGGUUGGCCGGAUAUGA